UGCAGUGUGAUGGAGGCUGGCCCUGGGGCGUGAGUUUACUCCAGCGAACUCCAAAACAGCUGAAGACGGGGGGCUGAAAGAGACACCAGUGAUCCUCGCUCAAGGAGGGGCAUAAAAACACUUCAGGUGCUUUUUGUUUGGGUUUUAUAAGGAGAUCUCUGCUGGAUCUCCUUCACUGCGCUCCGCCCGGUGCUUGAGGACAGAAGAUGCCCAGGCAGUUCCUCUGCCCAGUGUUCGGCUCGUCACUGUGGUUGGCACUGAUACUCCAGUCUCUCAUUUCCUCCGCCGUUACCUACAGGAAACCAGUGUCCGGAGGGAAGAGACAUAGCUUUCUGGAGAGAACUUUGAUUUUACUGGACGUGAAUACGCGAAGCCCGGUGAAAGUUUUGAAUGACAACUUCCUCUCCUUGCAGUUGGAUCCCUCUAUUAUAAAGGAUGGCUGGCUGGACUUUUUAAGCUCCAAGCAGUUAGUCACUCUGGCACGGGGACUCUCUCCAGCUUAUUUGAGGUUUGGGGGCAAACGGACCGACUUUCUCCAGUUUCAUAACCUGAAGAAUCUUGCAAAGUUUAGAGGGCCUGGACCAGACUAUUACCUCAAAAACUAUGAAGAUGACAUAGUGCGCAGUGACUUCGCUCUGGACAAACAAAAGGGUUGCAAGCUGGCCAGCCACCCAGACAUGAUGCUAGAACUUCAGCGGGAGAAAGCGGCUCAGAUGCAACAGGUCUUGUUGAAAGAACAGCUCUCCAACAUCUAUAGCGACGUCACAUUAACAGCCAGGUCUUUAGACAAACUUUACAACUUUGCCGACUGCGCUGGACUGCACCUGAUCCUUGGGCUGAAUGCCCUGCACAGAAACCCUGACAACUCAUGGAACACCUCAAGUGCUCUGAGUCUGCUCAAGUACAGCGCCGGCAAAAAAUACAACAUCUCCUGGGAGCUCGGCAAUGAGCCCAACAGUUACCGCACAAUGGCUGCUCUGUCAGUUAACAGCUCUCGUCUGGCUCAGGAUUACUCUCUUCUGAGAACGUUACUGCAGUCGGUGCGUUUCUACAGCCGAGCGAACCUCUACGGACCCAACAUCGGCCGUCCUCAGAAAAAUGCAAUCAUGUUUCUAGACGGUAUGUGGAGAGUGAUCAGUUAUAAACCGAAGCUGUUCCUGCAGAACUGUGCAGAAAACUCCACAGGUGUCUGCCUGUGUGUGUUGGUUUAAUACAUUUCCUG